AUGAAAGAGUUGCACGGUUCAGAUGAGGACUCCUAUUCAAUGUUAACUUGGUAUCGUGAUGCCGUGAUGGAGAGUAAUCCAGGGUCUUGCUUUAUUUUGGAGUGUGAUGAAUCCACUGGUCGUUUUCAGAGGCUUUUCCUUUGUUUUGGUGGAGUUAUUGAGGGUUUCAAGUCUUGCAUACCUCUAUUGUUCGUGGAUGGUGCACAUAUGAAGAGCAAGUAUAAGGGUCAGCUUCUUUCGGCUACAGGAAAGGAUGGUAAUCAAGGUUUUUUCCCUUUUGCCAUUGCCGUUGUUGAUGCCGAAACUGAUGCCAAUUGGAAUUGGUAUUUUGGGAUCUUGAAGACAAUUCUAGACCCGCAAGGCAGAGUCAUUACUUUUGUUUCUGAUCGACAACAAGGGUUGAUGAAUUCCUUGGCUAGAGUUUUUCCGGAGUCUCCUCAUUCCUUUUGCCUGUAUCACUUGAAGAAUAAUCUCCAAAACUUGUUUAAGGGUAAUAACAACAGUGCACUCCGUGUCACCAUUGUCGAUAAGUUUUACAAGGUUGCAUACUCAUCUACUGAGCGUCAGUAUCACUAUAACCUGAGGGAGCUUCUUGAUGAGGGGAAGGAUCUUGUUGCGCAAUUCCUUAGAGGUCUACCUGUUGAAAAAUGGUGUAAUGCCUUCUUUCGAGGUAAUAGAUUUGGUGAGAUGGUCAAUAGUACAGCGGAAUCUUUUAAUAGUUGGACUCUCAAGGCUCGGGAACUCCCAAUUUUUCCUAUGUUAGAGAAGAUCCGCGUGAUGAUGAUGGCAAAGAUGGUUGAGAGGAAGCUAUUGGUAAGCAAGUGGAGUCUUCCUCUUUGUCCUGUAAUGCAAGCUGAACUUGUUAAAAAUAUGGAAAUAGGGAGAGAUUGGACAGUUAGUAGGUCGGAUGAGUUUGUUUAUGAGGUUCACUCCGAACGCUCAACAUCUGUUGACAUAAUGGUCCAGACUUGUGCAUGUCGUCAGUGGCAGAUUAAAUCAUUUCCUUGCUCUCACGCUCUUGCUGCCAUCCAGCGAGCGGGAUAUGUGGUUUACCCGUUUAUCGAACGAUAUUACUUUAAAGAGGAGUAUUUCAAGAGCUAUUCCUUUGGUAUUAAGCCCAUUCCCAAUAUUGAGCAGAGCUAUGUCCAAUGCUCUGAUAGCACAUCUGUCAAACCUCCACUGACUAGAAGACCUCCAGGAAGGCCCAAGACUAAACGUAUCAAGUCUAUUGGCGAGGUGUCUUCAAAGGAGAGGACGUGUGGCCGUUGUGGCCAAUUGGGGAGGCAUAAUAGGAAGACAUGCAAUGUUCCAAUAUGA